UCUACCGUACGUAUAUAAUGCGCAACUAAAAAUUCAUAGUGCGUCUCAAAAGAACUUCUGAACUGCUUCUUAACUUUACAAAAUUAGCAUUUGGUAGCUGUUAAUUACAUUUAUAUUGCACGGUUUUAUUGCAUUGUCGAUAACAUUUUAGUAUAUAAAGAUGAAGAUGAAAUUGGUUAGAGCUUAUUUAAAGAAAAAAUCUGUUGGAGUAUUUGAAACCAGGACAACUGAUGCUGGAAUUAUAAUUGAUGGUAAUUAUUUCAAAACAACAUAUAUGAAAAGUGGAUGUCAAUUUAUAUUAGGUGGAGAAUAUAAUAGAUAUGCAGCUUAUUUAAGGAAAAUAUUAACAUCAUUCACAGACAUUGGUUUGAAAUUAUAUGUCAUUUUCUCUAGAUCUAUGAAAGCUGAUGUUGAUAAAAGGAAAGAAAUUCAUCAGAAAUUAAUGAAUAAAACUGAUUCUAUACAGCCGGGCCGCCAAGAAAAUGAGUAUUGUGAACCGACUUUUACAAAAGAUGUACAAAGAGAAGUGCUUGAUGAAUUAGGCAUUCAAUAUUUUGUCUAUAAGCAAGAACUACUUGAAACCAUUUCCUAUAUGGAACUACUAUUCAAGCAUAGCAGACAAUUUGUUGACAGUUUAUAUCGCAGUCAUCACACCAUUCAUCCAACAAAGAUUGAUACUACUAACAAAGAGUGGUUUGAAACAGCUGUGGCAAGGGGUCUAAUUGCUAUUCCCUACAUAAAUUUAAAAAAUAAUAGCAGUUUUUCUGGCUCUUGGCUAAUUGUUAAUAAUAAUAGAGAUGAUGCAAUAUUAGUUGCAUUAGAUCUCAUUUUCUAUGCAUUGGGGCUUUUGACAUAUUCUACAGAUUUGAAAAUUUCUUUUAUUGGUUGUCAAUUUUCUUCAAGUAUCAUUUGGGAUAUAGAAAAGAAAUUACCAUCUCAUAGAGCAUUGUAUAUGUUUCGGAGCAACAGUGAUUUAUACUCUGCUGAACUUCUCAGGGUGAUAAUUCAUGAGUUAAUGAAUGGAUUUGACUUUGUAACCUUGGACAGUAUUUCAAAAGACUGCCACAUGAUUAUAAUUGCUCUUGUUAACUAUAGUCGUAAGAACAAAGAUUUUCAAAUUGGUGUUUAUAGUAUACUGCUAUCGUAUUUAAUGUUGGGACCAAUUGGUAACCAAGUAGGUGUGUUAAAGAAAAGCAAUUUCGCAGUGACGCAUAAUACAGGCGAUAAAACUAAGGACCGAUACGUGACGGUUGCAAACGCUUUUAUCGAUUUGUUUUAUGUAAACGAGUCACGUUUAAAAACUAUAUUUAAUCGCAAAAUUUUACAUAAUGUCUCUGAAUUUGAACAUUGUUUGCAACAUGUUAAUUUCUUGAAUAAAUUAUGCGGUGAAGUAACAAUGUGUACAAUAUAUCACAAAGCUGUAAAUGCGACGUUCGUUCAUAAUCUGUAUUUUACGUUAACACAAGAGAAGAACCCGUUGGAGUAUUUAAAGAGACGCAUUAAUUGUGAUUCAAUCUAUUUGUAGUAUGAAAAUUUAAUAAGGGUUUUUGAGAAAUGUGUUCAUUCCGUCAAGUAGUAAGAGAAAAAUGUAAAAAGACUGCCACUCGCGAGAUAGCAAUUUGUAUAUUUUUGGAAUGGAAAUAAAAGUAUUUUUACAAUACUA